CCAGUGGACCCUCGCGGGCCAGGUGUGGGACCCCGUCAUCCUUCCCGGCUUCGCAGAGAGGUCCUCGAGUGGUGAGUAUGCGGAACAAGCCUGUUUUGAGAACCAGGAGGAGACGCCGACCACGGGGGGCCCAGAAUCCAGGGCACCCUCCCCAGAGUGAGGCAACACCUGGGAGGUUCCCUCCCACCACCACCAUGGCUACCGGGGGUGGUUUCGACUGCCCGCCCCCUCCUCCUCCUCCUCCCCCCAACAACAACAACAACAACAACAAGCCCAAGAACUCCUACGUGCCCAACAACAACCAGCGUCGCCGCCGCCGCCAUGGCGAGAUCCCUGAAGAGACCAGAGUCCCCAGAGAACAGGUGGUCAGACCAAUGAUGAGGAACAACAGCCUGCACACCCAGGUGGAGAUGUUCCCAGGCCAUAACCACAAUCUCCACAGUCUCCACAGUCUUCACAGUCUUCGCAGUCCUCGCAGUCCUCGCAGUCCUCGCAGCCUUCGCAACCCUCGCAACUUCCGUGAUCACCUGGACGUCCAAGUUGAACGAGAACCUCAACAGGUUCGGUUCUGGGUCCGUCCAGAAGACAAUGAAGAUGACCUUGCGCUCCAGGGUGCUGCAGCCCCCCCUCUUCCAACACUCGUCUUUGACGAUGAUGAGCUUGAAGACCUUCCUGAGAGGUUUGAUGGCAACCCUGACAUGCUGGGUCUGUUCAUUUCCCAGUGCCAGACCUUCAUGGAGAGGAGCACCAGAGAUUUCUCUGAUGAUCGUAUCCGUGUAUGCUUCGUGACAAGCAUGCUGACCGGCCGAGCCGCCCGCUGGGCUUCUGCUAAGCUGGCACGAUCCGCUUACCUGAUGGAAAACUACCGUGCAUUUAUGAUGGAGUUGAAGCAUGUCUUUGAAGACCCUCAGAGACGUGAAGCUGCCAAGCGCAAGAUAAGACGUCUGCGCCAGGGCUUGGGAUCUGUUGUUGAGUACGCCAACUCAUUCCAGAUGGUUGCCCAGGAUCUGGACUGGAAUGAGACUUCUCUAAUUGAUCAGUUCCUUGAAGGCCUCAACGAACAAAUUCAUGAGGAGCUGUCUCGCCACGAGCUCCCAAGCACCCUGUCGGCUUUGAUCAGUCUCGCCAUUCACAUUGAGAGAAGACUUGCCCGUGCUGCUGCUGCUGCUCGCAAGCCCCGAUCUAAUCCACCCAGGGCCCUGGUGAUGCCUCAGAACCACCAUCCUGAUCCUACUGAGCCCGUGGGAGGUGCCCGCAUGCGCCUGACCCAGGAAGAAAAAGAAAGACGCCGCAAAAUGAACUUAUGUCUCUACUGCGGCAGUGGAGGCCACUACGCUGAGAACUGUCCAGCGAAGGGCUCCAAAAAUUCACUCGGGAAACUCCCCGGCCCCGCUGUAGAGGGACCUGCAGCGACUGGGCCAGAACGAACAAGGUCCCUACCCCCCGAGGCUCCGACUCCGCACCUGCAAGUGAUGCUCCAGAUCCAUAUCCCGGGCCGACCCACCCUGUUUGUCCGAGCUAUGAUUGAUUCUGGCGCAUCCGGCAACUUCAUCGAUCAAGACUUCGUCAUCCAAAAUGGGAUUCCUCUAAGAAUCAAAGACUGGCCAAUCAUGGUGGAAGCGAUAGAUGGGCAUCCUAUAGCCUCGGGCCCAAUUGUUCUAGAAACACACCACCUGAUUGUUGACCUGGGUGACCACCGAGAACUACUGUCUUUUGAUGUGACUCAGUCUCCGUUCUUUCCCAUCGUCCUGGGAAUUCGUUGGCUGAGCACACACGACCCGCACAUUACCUGGAGCACACGCUCCAUUGUCUUCAACUCUGACUACUGCCGAUUUCGCUGCCGGAUGUACUCCCAGAUACCUCCAGCUCUGCUGCUACCACCUUAUCCUCCACAUCCACCGUUCUUCUACCACGUGGAUGGAUACAGAGUUAUCUACCCUGUGAGGUAUUACUACGUCCAGAAUGUGUACACACCUGUGGAUGAGCACGCCUACCCGGGUCAGCGGCUGGUUGACCCCCACAUAGAGAUGAUCCCUGGAGCUCACAGCAUUCCCAGCGGACAUGUGUACUCGUUGACUGAAUCUGAAAUGGCUGCCCUGCGAGAAUUCGUUGACAGGAACGUGAAGAAUGGACUCAUAAUUCCGACCGUCGCUCCCAACGGAGCCCAGGUCCUGCAAGUGAAGAGAGGGUGGAAACUCCAAGUCACGUACAAUUGCAGAGCUCCACACAACUGCACAGUUCAAAAUCAGUACGUUCGCAUGACUCUUCCAAACAUGGCAGACCAUGCACACCUGGCAACCUAUGGUGAAUUUGUCCCUCACGCUCAAGGAUACCACCACCAUCAUCACAAUAUCCCUGCCUAUGCCACCUACGCAGGUCAUCAAGUGAUGUUUGCAUGGUACCCAGUGGGACGAGAUAUACAUGGAAGAAUGAUCCUCACCCCUGUUGUGAUCACCUGGUGUCCACAUUGGUACCGCCAUCAUCCUCAUCCGGUACCCCAGUAUCCUCCUCCGCCGCCUCCGCCUCCGCCGCCUCCGCCGCCACCUCCACCACCUCCAUCCUACAGUACCAUGUAGACACCUGUCGUGACCUUCGGAGUGUCUCUGCCCUCAACUUUACCGUGUGCGGCUUCUCAAUCAAUGAC